AUGGCAGCAGCUCUCAAGGCUGUGAGCUGCCUAGGCUCUGGCUCUGACCUUCCUCGCCCCUGGCCUUUGGGCCUGGGCUGGCCUCCUAAUUCAGUGACCUAUGAUGAUGUGCAUGUUGCCUUCACUUGGGAAGAGUGGACUUUGCUGGACUCUUCCCAGAAGAAUCUCUACCAAAAUGUGAUGUUUGAGACCUACAUGAACCUCACUACUAUAGGAUACAAAUGGGAAGACCAUAAUAUGGAAGAACACUGUCAAAGUUCUAAAAGACAUGAAAGGCAUGAAGAAAGACAAACUGGAGAGAAGCCUUCUGUAUAUACUCAGUGUGCUAAAGCCUUUGCAUAUGGCAGUCAUCUUCAAGGGCAUGAAAGAACACAUACUGGAGACAAACCCUAUCAAUGUAAUCAAUGUGGUAAAGUCUUUGCACAUCAAAGAAAUCUUCAAGUCCAUAAAAGAACACACACUGGAGAGAAACCCUAUGAAUGUGAUCAGUGUGGUAAAGCCUUGUCUCAUCACAGUACUCUUCAAAUGCAUAAAAAAAUAAUACAUACCAGAGAUAAACCCUAUGAAUGUAAUCAGUGUAGUAAAACUUUUGCAUGUCAUAGUCAUCUUCAAGUACAUAAAAGAACACAUACUGGAGAGAAACCCUAUGAAUGUAAUCAGUGUGGUAAAGCCUUUUCUCAUCACAGUUCUUUUCAAAAGCACAAAAGAACACAUACUGGAGAGAAACCCUAUGAAUGUGAUCAGUGUGGUAAAGCUUUUGCAUGUCACAGUCAUCUUCAAGUGCAUAAAAGAACACACACUGGAGAGAAACCUUACGAAUGUGAUCAGUGUGGUAAAGCCUUUUCUUAUCAUAGUACUCUUCAAAUUCAUAAAAGAACACAUACUGGAGAAAAGCCCUGUGUAUGUGAUCAGUGUGGUAAAGCCUUUUCUCAGCAUAGUACUCUUCAAAAGCAUAAAAGAACACAUACCAGAGAUAAACCCUAUGAAUGUAAUCAGUGUAGUAAAACUUUUGCAUGUCAUAGUCAUCUUCAAGCGCAUACAAGAGCACACACUGGAGAGAAACCCUAUGGAUGUAAUCAGUGUGGUAAAGCCUUUUCUCAUCACAGUUCUCUUCAGAUACAUAAAAGAAAACAUACUGGAGAGAAACCCUAUGAAUGUGGUCAGUGUGGGAAAGCUUUUGCACGUCAUUGUCAUCUUCAAGUGCAUAAAAGAACACAUACUGGAGAGAAACCCUAUGAAUGUAAUCAGUGUGGCAAAGCCUUUUCUCAUCACAGUUCUUUUCAAAAGCACAAAAGAACACAUACUGGAGAGAAACCCUAUGAAUGUGAUCAGUGUGGGAAAGCUUUUGCAAGUCAUAGUCAUCUUCAAGUGCAUAAAAGAACACAUACUGGAGAGAAACCCUAUGUAUGUGAUCAGUGUGGCAAAGCCUUUUCUCAGCACUGUACUCUUAAAAUGCAUAAAAGAACACAUACUAGAGAGAAACCCUAUGGAUGUAAUCAGUGUGGCAAAGCCUUUUCUCAGCACUGUACUCUUAAAAUGCAUAAAAGAACACAUACUAGAGAGAAACCCUAUGGAUGUAAUCAGUGUGGUAAAGCUUUCAUAUGUGACAGUCAACUUCAAAGGCAUAAAAGAACACAUUCAACAGAGAAACCUGAUGAAUAUAAUAAUUUUUUUCUUAGCCUAUGCACUUAUCAGUAGUCUUUGAAAUCAUACUUCACUGAAACCCUAUAAAAAUAGUCAGUGUGGUAAAGUUUUACCCUUUAUAUAUACAGGAGUAAAACUUUUUUGUGUUCAGUCAAUCUAUUCAAGCUUUUGCAUAUUACAAUAGUCUUUGAGUACCUGAAAAGUGUAGAAAGGGCUUCUUAUUAUAAAAAAUUUGGUAAGGUCUUUAGCUAACACACAAUCAAUUUCAAAACAGUAUUUAUUCUGUAGGAAAAAAAAUGAAUGGUUUCAACAAUCUGUUCAAGCAU